AUGGAGACAUCCACAGCCGGUAACGGCUCCGCCGACGACCGUCCGUCGACCCCGACGCCCUCCCAGUUGCCCCCGAUUCCAAACUCCCCAGUCUAUUCGCUCGCCUCGACCGCGAACCCGCUGUCGUCCUUCCACCUCCCGCUGCCACCACCCCCACGGCCUGUCCACGCUGUUCUUACAAAAUCCGACAUUGAGCAAUCUCAGACGGCGUAUUCGGACCUCUUGCAGACGGCGAAAGCAUAUCGCGUCGCGCUGGCAUCAUUAUCGACCGCCGCCUCCGCCUUUGGCUCCGCGCUAGAGUCUUGCGCCCGUCUGAAAGAAGCCCGCGCAGAAAGCCUCACUGGGGGAUCUCAACCAGGGGGAGGGUUAUCAGCAAGCUUCACCGCUGGCGCCAAAGGAACAUGCACUGCAGACCUGCUACUAUCGGCCUCGGGCGUGCACCACCUAGUAGCAAACCAUCAACAAAUCCUCUCCGAGACAGUAUACCGAGACUUCGAAGUGCCCCUACUCCACGAGCUAGACAAGUGGCGGCAGCGCGUCGACGACGAGGAGGACGCCUACGUUAGGGAAGUCAAGGCCCGUAGCAGGGAGAUUCAGAAGCUGGAAAAGGAGGGCUUGAAGCUGCACAAACAGCGCCGCCGCGAUGUGGGCAAGUUCCGCGCGCACCUCGUGGAGCUGACGACGAAGCUCGACGGUCUGACAGCCCUGCACGGCGACCACGCGCGGACGUUGUUACGCGAGAGCCAAGACACGAGUGGGCGCAUACUCGAGGCGUCAUGCAGUCUCGUGAGGGCCGAGGUCGACAUAUUCGAGUCCCUGGCGAGGAAAGGUUGGAGCGGCGGCGGACUGGACGAGCUACUGGAAAAGGGCGCGGAUCUGUUUGCGAGUGACGAGGUUACGGAUUUUCACCACGCGAGCAUCGGGGCCGUCGGGGGCUCCGCUGAGACGGCGAAGCUGUUCAGUAUUCUCCCGCCGAAGAGUAUUCUCGCAGAUGCCGCGUCGGACGUGACGAGGCCCGGGGGCCAUGCUAGGGGGGAUAGCCUGUUGAGCGAUUCGGACCGGUAUCAAAGCCUUGCGGCCGUGGCGUCACCCGGACUGGGGGAGCAGCACGACAACGAUACUGACAGCAUCUUUUCCGAGACGAACUUUAACAGGUCGAGGGGCGUGAGGCCGUUUUCGCCGCAACCUAUCAGGCGGCACGCUACGGACGUGACGUUUGAUAGCUUGGGUGUCGGUUUAAGUGAACAGUCGCAGGCGGAUGAUAAGGUCGUCGAUGACAGACAAAAUGACAUUUUGCAUGAGGAGGAUGAAGGGGAGACAGCAGAGCUGUUACAACCACCCUGGAGAGAUGAACGGGCGGGCGCCGACGACGACGCAAGCGCAGUGGACGACGAAGACGGGAGGAAUACUACAGAAAUUGCAAACGGGGAAACAGAGGAAAGAGGCAGACCGGGGAGACGGUGGAGUGUAAAUGAGGAAGAUGGAGCAUAG